AUGACCCGAGGUCAGAAGAAGCAUCUGAAGCGGCUGAAUGCCCCCAACCACUGGAUGUUGGACAAGCUUACCGGUGUCUACGCCCCCAAGCCUUCCCAGGGACCCCACAAGCAGCGGGAGUGCCUCCCCCUCAUCCUUUUCCUCCGUAACCGAUUGCACUACGCUCUCACCGGUGCAGAGGUCAAGAAGAUCCUUAUGCAGCGAUUAGUCAAGGUCGACGGCAAGGUCCGAACCGAUGUCAACUUCCCCGCUGGUUUCAUGGACGUCAUCUCUUUGGAGCGAACCAACGAGCACUUCCGAUUGAUCUACGACGUCAAGGGCCGAUUCGCUGUCCACCGAAUCACCCCCGAGGAGGGCAAGUACAAGCUCUGCCGUAUCACCAAGAUCGGUGUUGCUGCCAAGGGUGUUCCAUUCGUCGUCACCCACGACGCCCGAACCAUCCGAUACCCCAACCCCGACAUCAAGGUCAACGACUCCGUCAUCCUUGACAUCGAGUCUGGUGCCAUCACCGAGCACGUCCGAUUCGACACCGGAUCCCUCUGCAUGAUCACUGGCGGUCAUAACUUGGGUCGUGUUGGAGUCAUCGCCUCCCGAGACCGACACCCUGGUUCCUUCGAUAUCGUCAACAUCAAGGACGCCACUGGUGCCGUCUUCGCCACUCGACUUGACAACGUCUUCGUCAUUGGCCGAGGAAAGCAGGCCCUCGUCUCCCUCCCACGACAGAAGGGAAUCAGAAUCUCCAUCGCUGAAGAGCGAGAGAAGCGACUUGCCCGUUAA